AUGGCGUUGUUGAAAGGUGCACGAGGUCCGGGAGACGGCAAGCCACGGGGAGAGGGCGGCAAUCAGAGAGGUAGAGGAGGAGGAGGAGGAGGUGGAGGCAGGGGACAGCUGAGUGCCCGCGGAGGGACCAGCAAAGGGGGCGGAGGCAGAGGUGACAGGGGUGGACGCGGCGGUCGGGGUGGCCGCGGAGGGAGAGGGUCCGGGCGUGGGGGCAGGGGCGGCCGUGGGGGCAGCACAAAGCCAAAGAGCAAGGAGGAGCUGGACGCUGAGCUGGACGGGUACUUCAUGAAGGACAGCAAGACGGCUGCGCAGCGCCUGGACGCCGAAAUGGAUGCUUACAUGGCAGCCAAGGGCAAGGCAGCUGCUGAAGAGCCAGCUGUGGAGGCCGAAACAGCUGAAGAAGUAGCUGAAGAUGCAGGAGCCACCGAGGCAGCCACAUGA